CAGGUGCUGUUUUCCCGCAGGAAACAUAUCCGGAUAGUGUGAAGCGGCUUUUUGGGCCUCCAGGCCCAUUUUCCCGUUUGCUGACAUCACUCCCCAAUAGCCGAUUUGCUUCCUUCAUCUUCCCAGACCCGAUUUCACACAACUCUUCUCUGUUCAUCCUCGCUCAAAUUGUCUAUCUUCUUGCACAGGUUUCAGCUUGAUACAGAGAAAAAUAGUAGGAGAAGAAACGGAGAAGAUGGUGGUAUUGAGAUCCAUAUGCAGAGCAGCAGCGAAAGCAGCUUCUAUCAGAUCCUCAUGUUUCACCACCCAAAAUCAGCAGCUCUAUCGCCACUACAUGGUGGCUUCUUGGAACUUCUUCAGCCUCUCUCAACCUUCUUCUGCUGCUCCUCCAAAAAGCCUUCCUUCUGAUUGCAGGUACUCUCUGGCAGUGGGUGUAGGAAGCAUCCGUCAUUUUAGUGAAGAUGUAACUCAUAUGCCUGUCAUAAAAGACCCUGAAGCUCUGAAUGUUUUCAAGGACUUGAUGGCAACAAGUUGGGAUGAGAUCCCUCAUACCGUGGUCCAAGAUGCAAAGAAGAUAUUGUCGAAGAAUACUGAUGACAAGGCUGGCCAGGAGGCUCUAGCAAAUGUCUUCCGUGCAGCUGAAGCUGUUGAGGAGUUCAGUGGGAUUCUCACAUCCCUGAAAAUGGAAAUUGAUGAUAGCAUUGGAUUGAGCGGCGAGAAUGUAAAGCCCUUACCAGAUGAGAUUAACAGUGCACUGCGUAUUGUUUAUCAGCGAUACACCACUUAUCUAGAUGCAUUUGGACCUGAUGAAACUUAUUUACGGAAGAAAGUUGAGAUGGAAUUGGGGACAAAGAUGAUUCAUUUAAAGAUGAGGUGCAGCGGUCUUGGUUCUGAGUGGGGCAAGGUUUCUGUUCUUGGAACAUCUGGACUUUCUGGUUCGUAUGUGGAGCAGAGAGCUUAGUGGUAUAAUUUUGCAAUCUUCAACAUAACUGUGAGUUCUGUACUGUUUGGCGUCAUUGUUGUUUUGCGCUCCUGGGGAGAGGUUGGGAUAGUUUUAUCCAAAAGAAACCAGUCCGUUGGUGAGCAGUUAAAUAAGUGCAGAUCUGUUUUCAACAGCAGUUAACUAAUAAGAGUUAUCCUUUUGCAUUUUCUUUUUGUCCGAUGAUAGUUUUAAUAAUAUUUCUCCAAGGCAGUUUCAGAUCAUCUAUCUGUUUUUUUGCUUAUUUUGCAACACUUGAAAAAAUAGGAACUGGUAUCCGCAGAAUCGGAAUCGUUCUUCAAUGGACUCAAAUUAUUCAUUCUGGUCUUCUGCGGUGCCUGUAUCUGUUGUAAGGUAUAAAAUGAAUGACUGCAAGUGGAAAAUUCGGACUUGGUUGGGACAGUAAGUAUCGUACGGCUGUCCAUGGAA